AUGCACAGGCAGCCUUGCUUGGACCUUCUUUGCCCCUUCUUGGAGCACAUCAUCGUGGAUCGCCAAUUAGCUCGCAGAAGCGCGAGGAGGGAAAAAGGCGCAGAAGGUAAGGAAGCGCCAGGGGAUGACAGAUGGACGACAAUCUGUCUGUUGUUCGUCAAUAUGUGUUGGUUUCGUGUUGCAGUUGGCAUUGUUAUGUUGACGCUGGCCCAGUGCAUGAGCCUGUCGCUUCUGUACGUAGCCAGCCAGUCGGUGCACGUUCCCAAGAUUGGCGUCGCCAGCGCACGAGGAGCCGCCGCAUCGUCCCGACGACCCGCGAGUUUCGUCCCCUGGAGGAGUCUGCCGACGUCGCUGGAUCACUCCUCUGCAAGGGUGGGUGGUCACGAUUAACGCGGACCCAUCAGUGCAGGCUGCCGAGGCCUCCGGGCUUCUGGCAGGGUCUGAGCGAGCCGGGGUCGCUCGUCGAGGGGGAGGGGGUGGUCAGGCAGCCUGCUUGAAGGGGUGGAUAGCUUGGUGGAUGACUGUCAUUGGCUGCACCGCACUUCUGACGGUCGCCCUCUUCUUUCUGUUUUUCAACCAGCAACUGGCGUCGAGGCAGCAGCAGGCCACCAUGCACCAACGCGCCACGGAGCCCCAGAGUGACACCAAUGUCGUGGUGGCGUAUGUCACAAGUGAGUGGGCACGCCACACAGAGAGGCGGGAAUCGUGGCUGUAUUAUGAUGGUUGUGUGUGAAAAUGUGUGUGUGAUGUAGCGCCCAACUCGGAUGUGGCCAAGGGGAUAGCGUCCAACCUGCUCAAGCACAAGCUGGUGGCGUGCUGCAACAUACUACCCGCCGUCAGAUCCAUGUACGCAUCGCAUUCCAUGUUCGCAUCUUGGCCAACACUGCUGUUGGUUGGUGCUGGUUCAUUCAGGUACUUCUGGGACGGCGAAGUCAAGGACGACCCGGAGGAGCUCAUGCUCAUCAAGACACACAAGUCCCUAGCCAAGAAGGUACCCCAACCAUACAUGGCACCCGCACACCAUGUUGUCUCUCAUCGUUGGUGUAUUGCGUUGCGUGUGCAGGUGUCCGAUGCAAUUGUUCGGCUGCACCCGUAUGAGGUGCCGGAGGUCAUAUUCGCGCCCAUCGUGGAGGGCCACCCGGCCUAUCUGUCGUGGGUCGCCGACGAAACACACGACAAAGUCAGCACGCAGACAACAACAGCACACAUGGAAGUCAUUGCAUGUUUUUCGUGUGUGCAGACUGCUCAUAUGGAUCAAGUAGACGAGGCGAUCAGAACUAUGCCGCAUCUGGGGGUGAGCGAUCAGCCAGCACACGGAGAAUGCCGCGGGCUGGAUGUAUUGCGUCCACAUCCGUGUGCAGGAGGAUGGCAAGGAACUGCCGGAGGUGGACGCACUGUCGACCGAGAAGCCCCACGUAGACCUCAAAUCGAGUAACCUGCGCGCACGUGCGACCGACGCUCGUACGACUGUUCUCUCCCUGCCUGUCUGCCUUUGCUGUGUGUUGGCGUCCAUAGAUGGGAUGGUGGUGGUCAAGAUGAAAUCCAACCCCACCACCGGAUAUACGUGGGAGGUGAGAACCGAUAGACAGACAGGCAGACAGACUACUGGCAGAGGGUGCAUGGAUGGCCGGCCGAUACUGUUUGUCCAUUCAGGUGUCUGAGUCGGCGGAUUGCGUGUCGGUAGUCAAGCAGGGCUUCAUGCGGCCGUCGAGCAAGCUCAUGGGCGCGUCGGGCGUGCAGGAGUACGUCAUCAAGGCGGCCAAACCGGGGGACUGCGCAUACACAUUCAGGUCGGUCUGCUAAGCGACACGUGCUGCCGAUGUUCACACAGCCGAUGUGAUGCUGGCUGUGGUGUGUGUGUGUGUAUGUAUCAGUGACGUCAAGCACCUGGGGAACGGGCAGAAGGAGGUUGGCAAGACGGCCCGUGUGACAUUCACCGUCGAAGGGUAGUCAGUCAGUGAGUGAGUGAGUCGCGACGGCCGGCCGUGUAGCUGCCAGGGGGAGACUCACUCGGCCCUCGGGUGUGUAUGAUAGCUAUACAUAUUGGUACGGAUGGAUUGGCCUGUCGGUCGGUCUGCAUCGACGGCUGCCACUGCAGCGGUUGAUUGGGGGUCUUACUCUGAGUGUGAGAGUGACACUCAGUGAACACGCAAACUUUCCUGCAGACUGGUGGACGUGUGUCUGUGGGUCUGUGUCUGUGUCUGAAUGUGCCUGAGGCUCAGGACAUAUCCGCGCCAUGUAAAGUCCAUCAGAGUUCAUUGCAGCUUAGCUCGACGUGUUGACAAUUGAUCAAAGCCGGCAAUGGUUGCCAUGGUCGGUGAGGGGAUGGUGCAUGGACGGUGGGUAUGUCUGUCUGUCGUGUGACUGCUCGGCAUGUGAGGCCCUGGGUGUGGACGCCCGAUGCAUGGGUGAGCGGACGCUGGGAAAAACACGUAGAUAUUCCUCAACAAAUCAC